CAAACGUUCUAGCGGUUUCACGUCCUACGCAAGAUGUUAAGUCGGAGGAUUUGUAAUGCUCUUUCCAGAGUGCCUAGGUUUUUGUCGAGGCAAUUUUCUUUGAGUGCUCGUCUCUAUGCCGAAAAAGCCAUGGCUACGGAGGUCCCCUCUAUUCUCGAGGAACGUAUUCGUGGUGCAUAUAGUGCUGCACAAUUAGCAGAAUCUGGUCAUGUGCUGUCCGUCGGUGACGGUAUUGCUCGUGUUUCCGGCUUAUCGAAUGUACAAGCAGAAGAACUUGUCGAAUUCUCUUCCGGCAUUAAAGGUAUGGCCCUAAAUUUGGAACUCGAUACAGUGGGCUGUGUGUUGUUUGGUAAUGACAAACUCGUACGGGAAGGUGAUGUUGUAAAACGUACAGGAUCUAUUGUCGAUGUUCCUGUGGGCCCGGAAUUGUUGGGCCGUGUUGUUGACGUGUUGGGUCAGCCUAUCGAUGGAAAGGGUCCUUUGAAUGCUAAGGAACGUCGCCGUGUACAAGUCAAGGCCCCAGGUAUUCUUCCUCGUACGUCUGUUUGUGAACCCAUGCAAACUGGUUUAAAAGCCAUUGACUCAAUGGUCCCCAUCGGACGUGGUCAGCGUGAGUUAAUUAUUGGCGAUCGUCAAACAGGAAAAACGGCCAUUGCUUUGGAUGCUAUCUUAAACCAAAAGCGUUGGAACGAUGGAAACGACGAAUCCAAAAAACUUUACUGUGUGUACGUUGCUAUUGGUCAAAAGCGUUCCACAGUCGCUCAAUUUGUACAAAAAUUGGAGGAGAAUGAUGCACUCAAGUAUUCGGUAAUUGUUGCAGCAACUGCAUCAGAAAGUGCUCCACUUCAAUAUCUUGCACCUUUCUCUGGUUGCUCAAUCGGUGAAUGGUUCCGUGACAAUGGAAAGCACAGCUUGAUUUGCUAUGAUGACCUUUCAAAGCAAGCUGUUGCUUACCGUCAAAUGUCAUUAUUGCUUCGACGCCCACCUGGUCGUGAGGCAUAUCCUGGUGAUGUUUUCUAUUUGCACUCUCGUUUAUUGGAGCGUGCUGCUAAAAUGAAUCCUAAACACGGGGGUGGUUCAUUGACUGCUUUGCCUGUUAUUGAGACCCAAGGUGGUGAUGUGUCAGCUUAUAUUCCUACCAACGUUAUUUCUAUUACUGAUGGUCAAGUCUUUUUAGAGUCUGAGCUGUUCUUUAAAGGUAUUCGUCCGGCCAUUAAUGUGGGUCUUUCCGUUUCUCGUGUCGGUUCCGCUGCACAAGUAAAAGCUAUGAAGAAGGUCGCCGGUCCUAUCAAGCUGUUCUUGGCCCAGUAUCGUGAGGUUGCAUCAUUUGCUCAAUUUGGAUCAGAUUUGGAUCCUGGUACUCGUGCUACCCUCGACAGAGGUCUUCGUUUGACAGAACUCUUGAAGCAGCCCCAAUACUCUCCUUUGGCUGUUGAAGAGCAGGUGCCCCUAAUUUACUGCGGUGUCAAUGGUUAUCUGGAUAGAAUUCCCGUUGAGCGUGUCACGGAAUUCGAACAAAAGUUUAUCCCCUUUCUGCGUACUAGUGCACCGGCUGUAUUGGAUGCGAUUCGAAACGAAGGAGUACUCAACGAAGCUACGGAGAACGAGUUGAAAUCGGCCAUAAAGGAGUUUUUGGACUCAUUUUAAUGAUUUAGCAUGAAUAUGAUUAAGCAGCAAUUGCAAACGUAGAAAUUGCUCGUCCUCUUUAACGCAAAUACGCAGCUAGGAGUUAAAAAAAACUAGGUUUAAUGAUUAUAAGGUUUCUUCUGUUCUUCCUGAAUACAUAGAUUAUUAGAAAUAUGGUGCAGUCAAUUUGUAGUUGACAUGCGG